GAUUUGGUGCCAAUGACUCACGUGAAGCGGUGUCUGAGCCCCUCAUCAUCAACUGGAGUGAAUACCCCUUAAGCCUCCUGGUGAAACUCCUCUUCCUUUUGGAUAGGGGAGAUUUGACUGCUCAAGAGAGCAGAAAUAAGACAAAGGCUGCAGCUCAAGCCUUUCAUGCCAUAUUGCAGAAUGGGAACUGCAGUUCUCACUUAGUUGUAAAUGAGCUGCAGAAGCGUCUUAAAGUGCUAGUUAAUUAUGGUUUCUUUGAACUGCGAACUGGCACUGAAGCUGCUAAGUACCAUGUUAUUCAGCAGGACAAAGAUCUUCUUUCAUUUAAUGAUGCCUGCCACUAUCUAGGCAUCCACAAAAGUAAUGCUUUGGAGGACAAGAUAGCAAAAGUUAGAAAGAAGCUAAAACUAACACCUUUGGAGACAACAAGGAACUUCUUCAUGCAUUCAGAAAAUCUCUGGAUAAUGAAGAUGGGUGAUUUACUAACUCCUGAACAAGUAUAUAAAUUUCUAGCUAUUAUUUGGGAAAAAGGUCUAUUCUAUAUACCAUCUCAUCAAUACUUAACUGUAUUUGAAGAAAGCUCAAUGGAAAUUGAUGGAAUGAAGGAAUCUUUAUUCUUCUACAUCAUCCGAUGUCUUGAGAUGACUGGCACCUACACUGAAGCAGUUACUGAUAUUCUAGAAAAAUUGGGACAAGAAGCAGAGUCACACGAAGAGAAAAAUAUAAUCACAGACCUUACUGAAGAUUUAAGGUGUUAUCCCGCAAAAUGUCCCCCUACAGGAUACUGUAUUGUUUUCUGUGUAAUUGGGGACAGAGAUGGAGCAGAGUGUGAAAUAGAGGAAAUUCAGAGAGUAUUCGCUAAAAGUCUAGGAUUCAUAGUUGAAAUUCAUCGAGAUCCAGUAAAGGAAACAAUCAACACAGUCCUAGAGAAUUUGAAGAGCCCAAAGUAUCAUUUUUAUGAUUCACUACAGGUGUGGUUUAUGGGCAGAGGAGGAGAAGAUAAGUUUGAGCUUGCAGAUGGGACUUACUACAAGAAGAAGAAAAUAGCUUGCGAUUUUUCUGGAUUGAUGACCUUCAGUAAGAAACCAAAAUUAUUCUUCAUGGCUUCAGAUCAAGGGGAAGAAACACUACCAGUUAUUAGUGAUGGUAAGCAUAUGGUAUAAUUAUAUUUGUUUCUAAUAGUUUAUAAUCUUGUCAUCUCUUUUGUAGCAUGGUUCUUGGUAAGUGUAGUUUUUUUAACAGCCAUUUAACCUAUUUGUUAAGAGAGACAUGCAAUGAAUACAAUACUGUGGUAAUAGUGAAAAUGUCAUUUAUGAUGUGUCCAUUAAAACCUAAACUUUUUGUCAAAUAUAUGGCCCAUUAAUUUUUAUAUUAUGAGUACCAUGACAUCAUUAAAGACCAAGGGGUGAAAAAAGUGAAACGCCCUUUCAGAUAAUCAAUUUUUGGACAAAAGUUUGGAAAUUAACACUGGGUAGUAUUAUGGAACACAGUUUGGUUUUGUACCUCUUUAUAAUAUAAACCUUUUUGUAAUAUU